AUGAACUUCAAUGUCCUUCGAAAUUGUAACAACAUGUAUUAUAGUAGCUCUUGCAAAAAUUGAUGUCUUUGGAUAAAAUAUAACUCUAAACAUGAACAAGAAUGCUAGUUAUACAACAGCCUUUGGUGGGAUUGCAUCUAUUUUGAUUAUUAUUUUACUCAGUCUCAUUUUCUUUUCGAACAUUGUAGAAUUUUUUGGCAAAGACAAUGUUUUCUAUGAUAGUGAAAUAUCAUUCUCCAACGAUCCAGAGUUAAUGGAAUUGAAGGAAGACAACUCUAUGUUUGCUUUAUCUAUCGAUCAAGUCAAUUUCACAACAAACCCAUACUUCAAUAUUUCUGUUGAAUAAAAGUAUUUAAGUUCGUUUGUCAUUUUUAGGAUUUACUUAAGAAAUAUAAAUGGCACUCUCACAAAGCUAACCGUAGAAGUUCCCAUGCAACCAUGUACUUUAGAAAGGUUUAAUAAUAUAUUUCUGCAGCAAGGAUUAGAUUUUACUGAGUAGUUUAAUUUUUUAGGAAUGAGCAAAAUGUUAUGUCCUAAGUAUUUUUAAUUUAGUUAAACCCAAGAUCUAACUUUACUUUUUAGAUGGAAGGAACUUAUUCAAGUGAGACUUUUAAAUUCAUAAAAUUUACAGUCAAAGAUUGCAAAGCAUAAAAUUAAACUAGUGAUAGUCUUUGGAAUCCAACAUGUAGUUCUGCUGCAGAAAAGGCCAAAUAUCUAGCUUCAAGUGGAUAGUUUAAAUUAUAAAUCUUUUAAAUUAACACUGUAGUCAAUCCAUUGAAACCCAAUUAAUAUAAAAGCAUAUAUAUAGAUAGUGAUAUGUAUUUUUCAUUUGUGCCUUUCAAAUUAGCUAGAUUGGCUAAUGUUUACUAUCGAUAAUUCGUUGUCAAUAAUGACCAAAGCAUUAUGCCAUACGAGUAUGAUAUUUAUACAUUUUCCCUAGAGACAUAGAAUAAGAGAAGAUCAUAGUCAGAAAGGCUGAAGAUUUUCGAGAUCUCACCGAACUGGGUAGAGAUACAGAUGAUAAUUAUGCUAUUGUAUAUUUAAGGCGAAGUCCUUUCACUGAAACUAUGAACAGGAAGUACUAAAAGUUAGGAGAGUUGCUUUCUUACCUAGGAGGGUUCAUGCAGAUAAUGAAAGUCAUUUUUGGAUUCUUAAUUGCGUUUUAUAAUAGAACAUCAAUGUUAAUUGAAUUGGCUAAUAAGCUUUACGAUUUCUAAGAUGGCAAUCAGUUGAAACAGUACCGCACAAUAAAAACAUUGAAGUACACUGAGUAAAUAGGGUCACCUAUUGAAAAAUAGGAAUCCAAUCCCAUAGUUCCAAUAAAUAGUUCAUAAGAGCUCUAUAAGGUUGAAUGGAAACAUUACAUAAAAUAAUUAGUGAAAAAAUCAAAACCAAUUACUUUUAAUUUGAGAAUUUUCAUAAAUUAAUUGACAUUUGGCUAUCUUUUGAAAAAUAAAAAUUCAGAAUUUUUAGAGAAGGCCAUGUAAGUAACUUAUCUAUUUUAGGAAUAAAAUCAAUAAUGAAUUAGAUUUGCAUAGUAUCCUUUAUUAAUUACAGGAGAUUAACAAGCUAAAAUCAGUGUUGUUAAGGAAAUCAUAAAUAAUUUUAUUCAACUUUUCUCCAAAGCCCAUUGUCACUUUAGGCAAGGAAUAGGUUGUUCCAUCUAGGUAUUCGGUUGAGGAUUUGGAAGCUGGGCAAUCGUAUAUCAAGAGCAAGGAAGAUACCCUUAACGAAGAUUUGUUUUUGAGAAUUGAAGAAGUAAUAUAUAGUAAAGACUUUAGGCAUACAAGGAAAUAGCAGAGGAAGUUGAGAGAUCAAACGCAAAUAUUUGCCAAAUGAAUAUCAAUUUAAAGUUAACUUAACUUAUAGGAUCAGAAAUAAAAAGCAUUUUAAAACCGAUUUAGAACUAACGUAGAAAUGGCAUAAAAUCUACUGAAAUACAAAACAAUAAUAAUUAAGAAGAUUUUCACUAAUGCGAUUGA